AUGCUGCGCCACCGACAACUCCAAGCUCACAUAAGGCUGAACGCCCGCCGUGGCGCGCUGACGGACAGCGGUGUUAUGGCUAAGAUUGAGGCUGAGCAGUGUUGCCGGCCGCGGGAUGUUUUAAUGGAGGACGCGAUAACGCGAGCCAGGCGCGCACAGAGCAGCUGGCGACAGAGUUUGCAGCUACAACUGCUCUGUGCGGACGUGCACCGCGUCUGGAGUGCGUCACUUGAGCCAACAGGGAACAGGGUGGGCGCGGUCAAGUGCGCGGAAACGCGCCAUCUAGACCACGCACUAGAC